ACUGGGUGCUUGCACCCAAAAUGGUAUCAAAGUUAGCGUUUCAAUCCAGAACGAUAACAUCCAGACUUAUUGGAAGUUCUGUGCAUGGAGUUACUGUGAUAGUGACUUGGCAGUUACAUAUGAAGCCUGACAUGGCUGUUCAAGAUGGAGAGUGCUCCCAAACAUUAAAGCUAUGAAUUGUGGAAGAGUGGGAAAUCAGGUGUUAUAGGUGAUGGUCUUUUUGAUCAAAGGAGGAAUCAUGUACUUGCCACCAGUGGAACUGUACAAGUAUCUGAUAAUACUUAUACAGAUAUCAUUGGAAACAGUUCAGGAAUGCCAAAACAAAUAGAUUUGGGGACACCAUCUCCUUUUGCAGUAUCAAAUAUUUCAACUACUGGUGGCCUGAAUAAUGAAGACAAGUUGACUGAUUUGAAUAAGGAACAGUUGAACACCACAGUGAUGCAGGAGGACAGAUUGCAGUCAACACAGAGCAUAUCCCCCAGUUUGGAUGACAUCAGUGCAGGAUCAUUCUUGCGUGUGGAAGAUACAAGCUCAGUCACUCAGAGGACAGAUGGAAUAUUUUAUUCUAAUGAAGCACCUACAAAUGUCUCACCAUUCAAGACUUCUUUCCCCAGCCUCAGCUCCACGAGUAUUGCGACAAAUAAUGACACAACACAUGAAGCUGCAUAUUUUGACACCAGUGUUGGUACCUGUAACAACUUAAGUUACAGUCUGUGUGAAAUACUGCCCUACAAUCAGACUACUGUACCACCCUAUCUUUCAAACUACAGCAACACCGACAUGGAAAUGUUCAUCCGCUUCUUCAGUCAGCUUAACCUUUUGCGCUGCUAUCAACAUAUCAUGCUGUUUGGUUGCAGCAUUGCUCUCCCAGAGUGUAUCAACAGCACUGAGAGAGCAGUGAUUCUGCCGUGUAUGUCAUUCUGUGAGGCUGCGAAGCAAGGCUGUGAGCCAUUAUUGCAACAAGUGGAGGCUGGGUGGCCAGAAGUCCUCAAAUGCUCCAGAUUUAUCAAUGAUACAGGAAUGGAAAACACCAGCAAGAUAUGCUUCUCACCCGAGCAAGAGGAAAGAAAAAAAUCUUGCAAAGAGCUGGACAAAUUCUUGUGUGGCAGUGGAUUCUGUAUCCAAAAGAAGCUGUUGUGUAAUGGUUACAAUGAUUGUGAUGACUGGAGUGAUGAGGCAGACUGCGCUUGUAGCCAAGGGCAGUUUCAGUGUGGCACUGGCAAAUGUAUCCACCAUAAUAACACUUGUGAUGGUUACGAUGACUGUGGGGACCUGAGUGAUGAACUAAACUGUGAAUGCAACCCUGAGCUCCAUUUCAGAUGUGGAAGUGGCCGGUGUGUCCUGAAGUCCUGGGUUUGUGAUGGAGACCAUGACUGCAGAGACAAGUCUGAUGAGGUUAACUGCUCUUGCAAGAGCCAGGGUCUGAUGGAAUGUAGUAAUGGUCGAUGUAUUCCAAGCAUUUUCCACUGUGAUGGUGAGAAUGACUGUGAAGACUGGAGUGAUGAACUGAACUGUUCCAAAACCCAUGCAGAUCAGAACUCUUGCAAGGAAGGGAAUUUAUCCUGUGCUGAAAAUUCCUGUACAGACACCUGCAAUGGCUCUAGUUGUGCAGCUCACAACAGUAGAACAAACUGCAGUAAAUGUGAGCCCAUUACUCUUGAGCUCUGUAUGAAUCAGCCAUACAACUCCACCAUCUACCCUAACUACCUGAGUCACCGGGACCAGAAAGAGGCAUCAAUUAGCUGGGAAUUUUCACUCUUUCCGAACCUUGUUCAGACGAAUUGUUACAAGUACCUCAUGUUUUUUGCGUGCAGCAUCCUUGUACCAAAGUGUGACUAUGAGACUAAUCAACGGGUCCCACCUUGCAGAUCCCUAUGUGAAGACUCCAAAAAACAUUGUGAGACUGUACUGAGUAUGGUUGGACUGCAGUGGCCAGAGGACACUGAUUGCAAACAGUUCCCCAGAGAAACCUCUGACAAUAGGACAUGUCUGAUGCCUGAUGAGAAUGUGGAAGAGUGCUCCCCAAGUCAUUUCAAGUGUAAAUCAGGGAGAUGUGUCUUGGCAUCAAAAAGGUGUGAUCGACGACCAGACUGUGAUGAUUUUAGCGAUGAGGAAGCAUGUGGUUGUAGUGAGAGAGGCCUGUGGGAAUGCACCAUUGACAAGACCUGUAUCGACCAUACAAUGAUCUGUGAUGGCUUCCAGGAUUGUGUUGACAAAGCGGACGAAAAGAAUUGCUCGUCUUGCAAAGGCAAUGAGGUAGUCUGUGUUAACCAUGCCUGUGUUCCCCGUCAUGUUUGGUGUGAUGGGAGGAACGAUUGCCCUGAUGGCUCAGAUGAAUGGAACUGUGUAUCACUGGUGGACAGUCCAGCUUCCUUAUCGCAGCUAGUUGUGCACAGGUCGACUUCUGACUAUCACAUAUGUGCUGAUGAUUGGCGGGGUGAGCUCAGCCAGCUGGCAUGCAAGCAGAUUGGUUUAGGAGGCCCUCCAGUGACUCAAAUAUUGUCAGAAUUCAACCAAACACAACGUAGAAAGUGGUUACACCUGAUUUCUAAUUGGCAAACUAAGAAUGUUUCCACUCUACAGGCCUUAUUACUAAAGGGGCAGGUGUGUCGAAGUAAAAGCAAGGUAUCGCUGCUCUGCACCAGGGAAAACUGUGGUCAGCGUCCGGCAACUCGACUAAAUAAACGAAUUCUAGGAGGCAGAACUAGUCGCCUGGGCCGCUGGCCUUGGCAGUGCUCAUUGCAGAGUGAGCCUAGUGGGCACAUUUGUGGCUGUGUACUGAUUGGACGCAAAUGGGUGUUGACGGUGGCACAUUGCUUCGAAGGCCGUGAAAAUGCAGCUGUCUGGAACGUUGUUUUUGGUAUCAACAAUCUGGACCAUCCGUCUGAAUCUACGCAGACUCGGAAAGUGAACCGGAUUAUCUUACACCCCCGCUAUAACAGAGCGUUUGUUGAUUAUGACAUCAGUGUGGUGGAGUUACAUGAAGAAAUCAUCGAGACCAGUUAUGUCCGACCUGUCUGUCUACCCAGAAAGAAUCAAGUAGCAGAACCAGAUACUUACUGCUUCAUAACAGGUUGGGGGCACACUGGCAACAGAGUUCCAUUCAAACUCCAGGAAGGGGAAGUCCGCAUUCUCUCACCUGAUCGUUGCCAGUCAUACUUCGACACUAAAACAAUUACUUCACGAAUGUUAUGUGCAGGCUAUGAACCUGGAACAGUGGACUCUUGCAUGGGUGACAGUGGAGGACCUCUGGUUUGUGAACAACCUGGCAAGAGAUGGACAUUAUUUGGUUUAACCUCUUGGGGAUCAGUGUGCUUCACGAAACUCAUUGGACCUGGUGUUUACAGCAAUGUAACUCAUUUUGUUGAAUGGAUUGAAAGGCAAAUCUACAUCCAUACAUUUUUAUAAAUGCAUCAAAUGCCAGUGAACAGCAUCGGAAUUUAAACCUCAAAUAGCAGAAACCUCAAGAAGCAGAAAUGUGGCAGCUCUCAAAGACUGCAAAAUUAUCUACAUGAUCAUUCCCCUUAGCAAGCACCACAUCUCCCAUCCCCAUUCACUGAGUGUUCAACAAUGUCAUUCAUAAGGAAUAACCACACCAAACUGCUCUCAAAGUGAUGGUUUCAAAUCUCUGGGUUGUUAUGGGAACAAUUGUUGUUAAAAUGUCACUAAAUAAACUCCAUAUUUCUGAGAAAUGCUUAUCCUAGUACAUAAUGCACCUAUCAACCACUGCUCCCUUUUGAAAUUUUGCAGCACAUACAUUCCAAAGUUUUACAAGCAUGGAAAGACAUGAAUAGAUUCUUCUGGAAAGUGAGGUCAGCAUUUGUUGUUCAGUUGUUUGUGGACAGAAUUUUUUUGCUACCUCUAACUUGAGUAUUUGAGAAAGCUGCUUCUGCAUUCUCCAUGACACUGCCCCACACUGAGGAUGCUGAUGAGAGAAAAAUUUAUUUCACAUUUUACAGAACUAUUUCUAGGAUGGGUUUAUGUUGCAUCAGUGUGUAACUGUGAGCAAAUGUAUUGGAGUUCUAGAUGCAUUUCUACAUGAAGUCAGUGUAAAGCUUUUCUUAUAAUUAUUCCUUGAUAACUGUGUACAAUAUUUCUAAUAUGUUGACAUCAAAUGCAGUUAGUAUCUUAUAUACUGAUUAUUUAACUGGAAU